AUGGCAUAUCGCCACCCAUCAUCUGAACCAAAUGUGCCAAGAUAUUACCGACGAAGAAAGUGCUAUGUUUGCGGGGGGAGGGGGCACACCGCCCAUAGGUGCCCCUCCCCUGACAACAUCAACAUCAGAGAUGCCAGCACAUGCAAUAAUUGUGGGGGGAGGGGACACGCCUCUUUGGCAUGUCCCACUCCUUCCAAUAGAGGGAACAAGGAAGAGAGAAUGGCAGCCCUCUUAAAUAACCUCGAUGAGGUUAAGAACAGGCAUAUCAUCAACAACUACAUCUUUUA